CCUCAAAUCACACCUCAUUGUGUUCCCAUGCAGACACGUAGCGGCUGCCGCCUUAGACAGACAAACACACUUUAUAAUCAGAAAAUCGAGUUUCCUUUUGAGUGCUUUUUUUAAAUCCAGACGGUUUCAUCAAACGUUUUCUUCUUCUUCUUCUUCUUCUGCUGCUGCUGCUCUGUUUUCCUUUCUGCCAUGGAACUUCAGUUUCAAGCUCUGUUCCUGUUCUUUGCAUUCCUCUUCUCCAUAAACCUUCUGAGAGUCAUAACUCGCAGACCCAAAUCCGUAAACACCAGCAAAAUCCCACCGCCUGGUCCGUAUAAGCUUCCGUUUCUGGGAAACAUUCAUAAUCUGAUCGGUUCGUGUCCUCAUCAGAAGCUAAGGGACUUGGCUGAUAAGUAUGGACCUCUGAUGCAACUAAAGCUUGGUGAAAACCCAGUUGUGGUGGUUUCUUCACCAGAAGUGGCCAAAGAAGUGAUGAAAAUUCAUGACACAGUAUUUGCACAGAGACCACGCGAUCUUCUUGUGUCAAAGAUAACUGCUUACAAUGCUCUGGACAUUGUCUUCUCGCCCUAUGGUGAUUACUGGAGGCAGCUGAGGAAGAUCUGUAUAGUGGAGCUUCUGAGCAGUAAACGGGUCGAAUCUUUCAGACCCAUCAGAGAAUCUGAGGUGGAGAAUCUUGUUAAGGUGAUAGCUUCGAAGGAAGGGUCGCCCAUCAAUCUCAGCAAGAUGAUCUUCUCGUUGAUGUACAACAUAACUUCUAGAGCAGCCUUUGGAGGUAGAAGCAGAGGCCAAGAAGUGUUCGUGGAGUGCAUUUCUGAAUCCACGAAGCUGGCUUCCGGUUUCUGCUUGGCCGAUUUGUACCCUUCAUGCCAAAUGCUUCAGUGGAUUAGCAUUUCGAGGAUGAAACUCGAGAAGCUGCACCAGCAGGCGGAUCAGAUACUGGAGGGAAUUCUCGAGGAUCACAGAGAGAAGAAAGGUGAAGGAUUUCAUGGGGAAGAAGAUCUCGUCGAUGUUUUAUUAAGGCUUCAGCAGCAGCAGGAGCUUCAACUUUCAGACAUAAAUAUCAAAGCAGUUAUACAUGAUGUCUUUUCAGCAGGGAGUGAGACAUCAUCCACGGUAACCGAAUGGGCGAUCUCAGAGCUUCUGAAGAACCCUAAACUUCUUCAAAGAGCACAAGCCGAAGUCAGGAAUGUUUUCAACUCGACAGGGAGAGUUGGCGAGAAAAGCAUCCACGAGAUGAAGUUUCUCAAAGCGCUAGUGAAAGAAACACUAAGGCUUCACCCUUCUGCGCCAUUGUUGGUAGCAAGAGAGUGCAGGAAAAGCUGCACGAUCAAAGGGUACGAGGUACAAGAGAAAGCAAGAGUCCUGACCAAUGCAUGGGCCAUCCAUAGGGACCCGAACUACUGGAAAGAUCCCGAGAGAUUCUGUCCGGACAGGUUUUUGGGCGAGGGGUCGGUGGAUUAUAAAGGAUCAGACUUUCAGUACAUACCCUUUGGAGCUGGAAGAAGGAUAUGCCCUGGGAUAUCUUUCGCCAUUGCAGACAUCGAACUUCCACUUGCAGAGCUUCUGUACUACUUCGACUGGAGAUUCACUGACGGAACAACUCCGGAAGAGCUUGACAUGACAGAGAAUUACGGACUCACUGUUAGAAGGAAGAAUGACCUGGUGUUGGUUCCAGUUCGCCAUCCGCCAUUAGAAAACAUCCUUGUGUGAAAACCCACCACCUCUUAAUAUUCUGAAACCUCGGUUCUGCUGGUUCAAGUCUGGUGCAGAAGAUAGUUCAAGGAUCGGUUUAAGAAGCUGGAGUGGGUCGAUACAGCAGUUUGUAUGUUUCAGUUUCAGGACAGUUAUCCGUAACGUAGUUUGUGCUUUUAUGUACCUUCCAUUCGGCAGUUUUUUUAUUUUGUUCCAAGUAGGUGUAUCCAUACACGUGUUGUUUAUCGAAUGAAGUUUAUGUUGCGGAAACUUUUA